AUGGCCGACGAAAUGUUUGACGUCUUCGACGAGAAGGCGACCGCUAAAUCGAAGGGCAAGAAGAGCAAGAAGCGAUCACUCAAUGGCGAUGUCAAACGCGCAGAACAGCAGCAGAAUGGCGAUGCGAAUAUGACAGAUGCACACGACUUUGCGCCUCCAGCCACGACAGCACCGGCAGCGCCAGCAGACGAUGAUGUCGCUUCAGAAGAUGCCGACCGAGGACAGAAGCGACGACGCCGCGAUGAAGAACCCGAGCCCGUAGUCACCGACUCAUUUGACACCACACAAUCGAGACAAGUUGCCGCAGCAGCAGGCCUGCAAGCGGAGAAAGAGGAGACCGCAGUAGUACUGCAGCAUCAAGUGCGCCAUCAAGUAUCACUACCUCCCGACUGCGACUACGUCCCCAUAUCACAACACAAGCGCCCGUCGGAGCCUGCGCGGGUAUGGCCUUUCCAACUCGAUCCUUUCCAAGAGGUCUCAAUAGCCUCGAUAGAGCGCAACGAGAGCGUACUAGUGUCGGCGCACACUAGUGCAGGGAAGACGGUGGUGGCAGAAUACGCGAUCGCCCAGUGUCUCAAGAACAACCAGCGAGUCAUCUACACAAGUCCUAUCAAGGCGCUAAGCAACCAGAAAUACCGCGAGUUUCAGGCUGACUUUGGCGAUGUUGGCCUUAUGACUGGAGAUGUGACCAUCAAUCCCACGGCAACAUGUUUGGUCAUGACGACGGAGAUUCUACGAUCUAUGUUGUACCGCGGUAGUGAGAUCAUGCGCGAAGUCGCCUGGGUGGUCUUUGACGAGGUCCAUUACAUGCGCGACAAGUCGCGUGGUGUGGUAUGGGAAGAGACAAUCAUCCUACUCCCCGACAAGGUCCGCUACGUCUUCCUCUCCGCCACGAUACCCAACGCUAUGCAAUUCGCCGAGUGGAUCACAAAGACUCACAACCAGCCCUGUCACGUCGUCUACACCGAUUUCCGACCUACACCUCUCCAGCACUACUUCUUCCCAGCAGGCGCAGACGGCAUACAUUUGGUCGUGGAUGAGAAGGGUGUAUUCCGAGAAGAGAACUUCAACAAAGCCAUGGCUACCAUCGCAGAAAAAGCGGGAGAUGAUGGCUCAGAUCCAAUGGCUAAGCGGAAAGGCAAAGGCAAAGACAAGAAGGUGAACAAGGGCGGCAAGAAGGAUGGACCGACGGACAUCUAUAAGAUCGUGAAGAUGAUCAUGAUGAAGAACUACAACCCAGUCAUCGUUUUCUCCUUCUCAAAACGAGAUUGUGAAAACUAUGCUCUGCAAAUGAGCCAGCUCGCGUUCAACGAUGAGUCUGAGAAGGCGAUGGUGUCGAAAGUCUUCAACAGUGCGAUUGAGAUGCUGUCGGACGAGGACAAAGAGCUGCCCCAGAUACAACAUCUUCUACCCCUCCUGCGACGAGGUAUCGGCAUUCAUCACUCUGGUCUGCUCCCGAUCCUGAAGGAGACGAUCGAGAUUCUUUUCCAGGAGGGGUUGAUCAAGGUACUCUUCGCAACCGAGACCUUCUCAAUUGGCCUCAACAUGCCGGCAAAGACUGUUGUGUUCACGUCGGUGCGCAAGUUCGACGGCAUUUCACUCCGUUGGGUCACGCCCAGUGAGUUCAUUCAGAUGUCUGGGCGAGCUGGUCGUAGAGGUCUCGACGAGCGUGGUAUUGUUAUCAUGAUGAUCGACGAGAAGAUGGAGCCCGGUGUGGCGAAGGAGAUUGUACGCGGUGAGCAAGAUAAGCUCAACAGUGCUUUCUAUCUGGGCUACAACAUGAUUCUCAACCUCAUGCGAGUCGAGGGUAUCAGUCCAGAGUUCAUGCUCGAGCGCUGUUUCUUCCAGUUCCAGAACGCGGCAUCAGUUUCCGGCCUGGAGAAGCAGCUCAUGGAGCUUGAGCAAAAGCGACUUGAGAUGGCCAUCGAGAACGAACCCGAGAUCAAGGAGUACUACGACCUGCGAAAAAACCUCACAAACUACGCGAACGAGAUGAAGGCCGUCAUCACACAUCCCCAAUACCUCACCAAGUUCCUGCAACAAGGUCGACUUGUGAAAGUCAAGUACAAGGAUCACGACUUCGGCUGGGGUGCCGUGGUCAACUUUGUGAGUGUCAAACCAGGAAAGGGCCAGAAGCAAGAGGAUAUUCCAUCCUCAGCAUCAGUCGUGGUCGAUGUCCUCCUGAACGUCGCAGCAGACGUGACGCCACCACCGCCUGGAUCCAAGCUCAGCGACGAUCUACCGCCGGGAGUACGACCACCUGGACCUGGAGAGAAGGGCAAGAUGGAGGUCGCUCCCAUCAUGAACGGCACAAUCGACAGUGUUGGCCACCUCCGGGUGUUCCUGCCUAACGACUUGCGCACGCAGGAGCAACGCAACACUGUCCGCAAGGCGCUUGAAGAGAUCGCGAGGCGCUUCCCUGACGGCAUUGCCAUCCUCGACCCGAUUGAGAACAUGGGCAUUGAAGAUGAUGGGUUCAAGAAGCUUCUGCGCAAGAUCGAAGUGCUUGAGCACAAGCUGCUGUCUUCACCACUGCACAAAGACGAGCGACUACCCGAGCUGUACGAUCAGUACAACGCGAAGGUUGAGCUGUCAAACGAGAUCAAGGCGCUUCGCAAGAAGAUGUCUGAUGCUCUGUCAGUUCUCCAACUUGACGAACUCAAGAACCGCAAGCGUGUGCUGCGACGACUCGGCUUUGUCAAUGACGCCGAUGUGGUUCAGCUCAAGGCUCGUGUCGCUUGCGAGAUCUCGACUGGAGAUGAGCUCGUGCUGUCAGAGCUUCUCUUCAACCGUUUCUUCAACGAGCUCACACCCGAGCAAUGUGCCGCUGUCCUUUCAUGCUUCAUCUUCGAGGAGAAGAGUGAAGAGAAGGGCGCCCUCAAGGAAGAGCUCGCAAAACCCUUCCGAGAAAUUCAGGCGCAAGCGCGACAGGUGGCAAAGGUCAGCAUGGAGAGCAAGGUGGUGGUCAACGAGGAAGAAUAUCUACAGUCGUUCAAGCCGGAACUCAUGGAAGUUGUGUAUGCUUGGACGCAUGGCGCGAGCUUCGCAGCGAUCUGCAAAAUGACAGAUGUCUACGAAGGCUCGCUCAUCCGCCUCUUCCGCCGACUUGAGGAGUUGCUACGGCAGGUCGCGCAAGCUUCGAAGGUCAUGGGCUCCGAUGAGCUCGAGCAGAAGUUCGAGGUCGCGCUCACGAAGGUGAGACGUGACAUCGUCGCUGCGCAGUCCUUGUACUUGUAG